AUGGCAAUUCCAAUUUAUAAAAGCUGCUCUGUACCCGAUUUUCGCACAAGGCGAUCCGAGCCGCAUCAAAAGGACACUCAGGAAUCUCGGCUUGUAGAUAUCGCAGAAUACAAGUGCUUUAGAAAGGAAAUUUCUUUCUUGUCUACUUUACUGUCAAAAUCACUAACCGAAUCUGAGGGUAUCGCCACCACAUCUGGGAUCCACGAUGAAAUUCAGGCUUUGACGACGAGUUUGUUUGAGGAGGCUAACAACCUCGUAGCCGAAGAAGUAAAGAAAACAUUUUCUCUCCAAAUAAGAUGUGAAAGCCUAUUGCGUCAAGUUGAUGAAUAUAAGCAUUACAAUGAGCUUUUCCGUUCCGAGUUGGCUUUCCUGAAGGACGAGUUGCGGAUUCAGGAAGGAAAGGGCUCUUCGCGUCUUAAUGCGAAUAGCUCAAAGGGGGAGGACAUAUAUUUGCCGCAAAGCCAAGAUCUGCUUGACAUGGCAACCUCUAAGUCGCCUUUCCCAGAUCAUCAAAAAUCCCCCUUUGCUGCAGAUUUGUUUUCCUUUCUUGGAAAUGUGAAGACCCUUAACGAGUUGUUCAACGCUACCAAACCAAAGUGUAACCUCUUGUUAAAGAAUUCUCCGUUUAACGAGCUACAGCAGCUGCUGACUUUUUGCAAUUCCAAGCUCAGUCCAAAGCAGAUCCUUCUGCGCGUCCUUGAAAAUUCCAUUUCUCUUGAAAGGCAAUCGAUUCCGUCCUCUGAGGAAAUGCUGACAUGCGGGCUAUGCUUAAGCGCUCUCGAUAAGGGCGCCCCAACGUAUCUUUAUUCGGGAGAUCACUUCUCCCUGACCGUUUGUUUUUGCUGCAAACAACAUCUCUAUUUGGCUUGCGAGCUUGUGUCUUAUCUCAGGCUCGUUUACUUCAAGGUAUUAAGACUGGACGUAGACUCGGACUGGAAAACGCUUUAUUACCGCAUUUGCCAUAUCAAGCGAGCAAUUUUUUAUUUGUUGACACGGUCCGUUACGUUUUUUAGCAUAAUCGAUUUUUGA